CGGCUUCGAUCAAGGGUUCCUCGGGGCAUAAUUUCCCAGCUCGUUCGUCAUAUCAAGAUCGUUGCUUAGCGAAGGAUUCUCCCCGGCCAUCUACAUCAUGUCUGCAAAGGCUAUGCCGGAGAAGGAGGAUAAUAUCCUGAAACAAGCAUUGGAUGCGAGGAAGAAUCAGAAGAAGAGGAACCAGGGUACCGGAGCUGGAGAGAACUCAGGCUCGGCAGGCUCCCCUCACAAGAUUCAUGUCGACGAGAGGUUACCCAAGAGACCUCGUGCUUCCGAGGGGGGACGUCCGGAUCAGUCGAACCUGGGUCCCGGGCGCGCCUUCGUGUUGCCUUCUUGCUACAAGGAUGGAGGCUAUUUUGAGAAGUUCCCCUUGGCUACCUCACCGGAUGAAGCUCGUCGGAUCAGUGAUAUGGAUCCCCCGUCUCUUCAGAAACAGUUGGCGUGCGACAGUGCCGCCGUGGUGAGGGUCUUGGAGAUGGCCCAAGUGUUGGCUAGUGGAGGUUCGGGCUCGACCGAGGCCCUGAAGGAGGCCGAGGCGGCUAAGAAGGUGGCCGAGGACAAGGUGAAGACCAUGGAGGUCGAGCGCAAGGAGUUGAGGAAGAAGGUCGAUGCGGCCCUGAAGCAGAAAGAUGCGGAGGUCGCGGCUGAGAAGAAAAAGCUGGCUGACCUUCGACUCGAAUGGGCUCCCUCGGCUGACGAGUCGCCGGAUGUGGCAGCUCUGAAGUCCAGGGCUGAGUUUGCGGAGAAGAUAGAAAGCCUGAAGAUAAGCCUGGCCGACAUGGCCGACGUCGGUUUCGAGCGUGCUCUUAACCAGCUGAGGCUUCUGAACCCUGGUUUGAAGGAGGGUAAUGUCGGGCUCUCUUCGAGGAUCGUAGAUGGCGUGUUGGUGCCUGAGUCCCCGGGGAGUGAAGAGUAGAAAGUGUAGUUCCGGGCCUGCGUGUCCGUUUUUCUCGGCCUGCGUGCCAUUCUUUUUGUUGGGCUAUGCCCGGAUAAUUUUUGGGGCCUGCGUGCCCGGUAAUGAUUGUAACCUUUGACAUCGCCGGCCAAGUUGGUCGGCAAUUUUAAUGUCUUACAAUUCUUCUUGCUUAUAUCUGUUUAUUUUUACUUUCGGCGUUAUCACUGUAUGUUUGUUCUUUUCGAUAACAUUCCUGCCGUGCUUGUAUGACGAGGUAUUUCCUCUGAACUUAAAGUAUUUU